AGUUAAUUUGUUUUACUUCUGUAUAAUCAUCUAUUUAUAUGGUGAUCUGGCAAUCUAUGCAGCCGCUGUCCCAGUUUCUCUCAUGCAAGUGACUUGUACUGUGACUAGCAAUCAUUCAUGCAGUGUGGAAGAUGGGGCAAAAUAUAAUGACACAGACAAGUGCUGGGGGCCAAUCAGGAGGAUUGAUGCUUACAGAAUUUAUCUGGCAGUAUUUACUCUUCUCUUGGGUCCAUUCACCUUUUUUAAUGUGCAGAAAACUAAGUAUCUUCAGAUCAUAACAUCACUAAUGAGGUGGUUAGCAUUCAUCACAAUGAUCAUUGUAGCCCUCCUCCGCAUUGCCAAGGGUCAAGGGGAAGGUCACCCACCUCUGGCUCAGCUCUCAGGAGUCCGAAAUCUCUUUGGGGUCUGUGUUUAUUCCUUCAUGUGUCAGCAUUCCUUGCCAUCCCUCAUUACUCCCAUCUCUAAGAAGAAGCACGUUAACAAGCUGGUCCUGCUGGAUUACAUCUUGAUCCUGGGUUUCUACAGCCUACUGUCUUUCACUGCUAUCUACUGCUUCCGCAAUGGGACUCUAAUGGACAUGUACACGCUCAACUUCACAAACUGUGACAUUGUCAGUAUUGCAUUUAUCCGCUACUUCCUGGGCCUCUUCCCUGUCUUCACCAUCAGUACAAACUUUCCUAUAAUUGCUGUGACUCUAAGAAAUAAUUGGAAGACCCUCUUCCACCGGGAAGGGGGAACCUACCCAUGGGUAGUGGACAGGAUUUUUUUCCCUGUCAUCACGCUAAUUCCUCCAGUUAUUGUGGCUUUCUGUACUCAUGAUCUGGAGUCCUUGGUGGGCAUUACUGGAGCCUAUGCUGGAAAUGGGAUCCAGUACAUCAUUCCUGCCUUUUUAGCAUACUACAGCCGGAAAGAAACCCAGCUGACCUUUAGAAAUGGCACACUCAAUAAACAUUUGUCCCCUUUCCGGCACACAUUCUGGAUUGGGUUUGUGCUACUCUGGGGCCUUUUUUGUUUCCUGUUUGUGACUGCAAAUAUCAUUUUGAGUGAAACAAAAGUGUGAUGAUGGAGCAAUAUUGCUAGUUAAAAUGACUUCUAAGACUUCUAUUCUGGUGUUGCACCUAAUAAGGAUAUUUUUUAAACUAUCAGCUUACUAAUACAUUAUUGAGCUUGAUGCUCAUUUGAGGUACCUUGCUGCUUGUUACUUUUCAGAUUCUGAUUCAGUGCGUGAAAUAAUUGGACUCUAUCAUACAUCAGGCUGCUAUGAACAGUCUCUGACUAAAUGAGAUGUUUUCUUGUCUGUUAGAAGAUGUCAGAGACUGCUGGAUAUGCAUCUCACCCACUCAUGUGAUGGAAAAGACCAGUUUUGCUUUUAGCAGUCAAGCCAAUAGCCAGUGAAUCAAGCAAAUUGCUUACUAAUGACUGCUUACCUAAUCAUAUUCCUUCUGAAGUGGUUUUCCAUUCUGUCAACCCACUGAACAAGGAAUAUUAGGAGCAAAAUGAAUGCAACAUAUGGAACUAGGAUUCAUAGCUAUUAAUAUUGCAUGAUGUAUGUGGCAACCUAAACUCUGGAAUAGAGUAGAGGAACCUCACCAUUUCCCCUUCUUCCCUCAUCCAGCUUGAAUUGUUUCCUCCAUUUGUUUUUCAGCCUUUCCAAUGCACAUUUUGCUUUAUUUCAUAUAAUGCAGUCCUGAGACUGAAACUUGUAGAAUAUUACUUGCCAAGUGUUUAAGCUUUGUUUUUAACUUGUCUCAGAUUUCCCCCCCUCAACUGUUUGUGUACAAUAUGCAUCUGAGCAGGGAGUUCUAUCAUGAACCAUUCACUGGGGUGACACAAAAUCAUCUCUUAAUUAGUCAUAAAAAUAAAGAAAAACUGUUUCCCAUUA